CAGAAGGAAGUGAAGUUAUUAAAUCAAAUCUCACUAAACAAAACAGAUCAUCGCAAUCAUCCGAGCGAGGGAAAAAUGGAGAUCUUCUACUUGGUGGUGUUCGGUGGGCUGGCUGCGAUCGUAGCUGGGUUGGAGCUGAGCAAAUCGAACAAAGACCGAAUAAACACCUCAUCCGCCUUCAACUCCUUCAAGAACAACUAUCUCCUCGUCUACUCCCUCAUGAUGGCUGGGGACUGGCUGCAGGGACCUUACGUGUACUAUCUGUAUAGCACUUAUGGAUUCGGCAAGGGAGAGAUCGGUCAGCUCUUCAUUGCUGGUUUCGGAUCUUCUAUGCUCUUUGGCACCAUUGUUGGAUCUCUCGCCGAUAAACAGGGUCGCAAGAGAGCUUCAAUCACCUACUGCAUUACCUACAUUCUCAGCUGCAUCACCAAACACUCUUCUCAGUACAAAGUUCUCAUGCUCGGCCGUGUCCUCGGCGGCAUCGCCACUUCUCUUCUCUUCUCCGCCUUCGAGUCUUGGCUUGUCGCUGAGCACAACAAGCGAGGCUUCGAGCAGCAGUGGCUUUCCCUCACUUUCUCCAAGGCUAUUUUCCUUGGCAAUGGUCUUGUCGCCAUCAUUGCUGGCCUCUUUGGUAACUUCCUUGUUGAUUCCCUCUCCCUCGGCCCCGUUGCUCCUUUCGACGCUGCUGCUUGCUUCCUUGCUGUUGGUAUGGCCGUUAUUAUGUCUUCGUGGUCCGAAAACUACGGAGAUCCUUCGGAGAACAAAGACCUUCUUACUCAGUUCAAGAACGCUGCCUCUGCAAUUGCUUCGGAUGAGAAGAUCGCGUUGCUUGGUGCUAUUCAGUCUCUGUUCGAAGGGUCCAUGUACACCUUUGUGUUUCUAUGGACUCCUGCUUUGAGCCCUAAUGAUGAGGACAUCCCACAUGGUUUCAUAUUUGCUACCUUCAUGCUCGCUUCCAUGCUUGGCAGCUCCGUUGCUUCUCGUCUGCUGGCUCACUCGUCUCCUAAAGUAGAGAGCUAUAUGCAGAUUGUGUUUGUCAUCUCUUCAGCUGCUCUGAUGCUUCCCGUUGUUACAAGCUUCUUGGUGGCCCCCUCUGGUGUAAAAGGUGGAAGCAUCUCUUUCUCUGGCUGCAUUCAGCUUAUGGGUUUCUGCACUUUUGAAGCUUGCGUUGGAAUCUUCUGGCCUUCUAUCAUGAAGAUGAGAUCCCAAUACAUUCCAGAGGAAGCCAGAAGCACCAUCAUGAAUUUCUUCCGCAUCCCACUCAACAUCUUUGUCUGCCUUGUCCUCUACAAUGUUGAUGCGUUUCCAAUGACCGUGAUGUUUGGGAUGUGCUCCGUAUUCCUUUUUGUGGCCUCUGUAUUGCAGAGGAGGUUGAUGAACGUAGCCGAGAUCCACAAGUCAAGAUUACCAGAGUGGUCAGGAGCAAAAGAGAUGACCUCGGAAGCUGACCCUCUAAAUCCAGAAUAA